AUGUCAGCCUUAAUUCAUGAAAAAGUAUGGUUGGACAAAACCACUUACAAUGAUGCUGAAAAGAACUAUUAUGAGUCCCUAUCAAAAGUACAAACUACUCCGCUCUUAAACUCAUCCCUAGCCAGUGAAGUGGCAAAGGCAAGACAACAUAUCAAAAACUCCUUAGAAUGUAUGGAUAGUGUAGCAACCUUAGCUGGUGUUCCAAAUACCGAACUUUUUAAUAAAUUAAACAAUUUGGAAAAAGAGAACAGUAAUUUAAAAAAAGCUAUCGAUGAUUUGCGCAAGUUGGUACUCGGCCUGCAAGCUAGAGUAGAGUCUUUAGAGUCUGGCACUGGAAAGAACACAAAAGCAGACACUUCAAAGCCUGCACCACCAGCACCUGAAACACAAGAUUCAGAUGACGGUGUUGACCUAUUUGGCUCAGAUGAUGAAGAAGAAAAUGCAGAAGCUGCAAAACUGAGAGAAGAGCGCCUUGCUGCCUAUAAUGCUAAAAAAGCUAAAAAACCGGUCCUCAUUGCAAAAUCUAACAUUAUUUUGGAUGUUAAGCCCUGGGAUGAUGAAACAGAUAUGGCAGCCAUGGAAAAAGCAGUAAGAGCUAUAAACACAGAUGGACUUCUGUGGGGUGCAGCUAAACUUGUACCUCUUGCUUUUGGUAUUCACAAAUUGCAAAUCUCUUGCGUUGUUGAAGACGACAAAGUUUCAGUUGAUUGGCUCACUGAGGAAAUUGAGAAAAUUGAAGAUUUUGUCCAAAGCGUCGACAUUGCUGCCUUUAACAAAGUUUAA